AUGGUGGAUCCGACAGUAGAAGAGUUGUUAUUACAGGCACAAGAGCUUGUCCCAACUGCUUUGUCCGAAGCAAGAACAGUGAAAGGCUUCUCAAGCAGAUGGAGAGUGAUAAUCUCAAGAUUAGAGAAGCUACCGACAUGUCUAUCAGAUUUGUCAAGCCAUCCUUGCUUCUCCAAACACCCUCUCUGCAAAGAGCAGCUCCAAGCGGUCUUACAAACAUUAAAAGAAGCGAUCUCGCUCGCAAACGUAUGCGUGAAGGAGAAGCAAGAAGGGAAACUGAAGAUGCAGAGCGAUCUCGACUCUCUAUCCUCAAAGAUCGAUCUCACCUUGAAAGAUUGUGGCUUGCUGAUGAAAACAGGCGUUCUCGGCGAAGUUACAACAUCGCAACCUUCUUCGAUUCAAGACUUGGAAACGUUUAGCGUCAGAGAAUUGCUAGCUCGGCUUCAGAUAGGUCACUUGGAGUCAAAACGCAAAGCGCUUGAGCAGCUCGUUGAGGUGAUGAAAGAAGACGAAAAAGCGGUUAUAACCGGUUUGGGACGGAGCAACGUCGCGUCUCUUGUCCAGCUUCUGACAGUAACCGCUUCGCCUAGCGUUAGGGAGAACGCGGUGACUGUGAUCUGCUCUCUAGCGGAAUCAGGCGGCUGCGAGAACUGGCUUAUCUCAGAGAACGCAUUGCCUCCGUUGAUAAGGCUGCUCGAGUCAGGAAGCGCCGUUGGUAAAGAGAAAGCGGUUAUCUCGCUGCAGAGGAUGUCGAUUUCGUCGGAGACGUCGCGUUCGAUCGUCGGUCACGGAGGAGUUAGUCCGUUGAUCGAGAUCUGCAAAACAGGGGACUCUGUUUCUCAAGCCGCUUCUGCUUGUACGUUGAAGAACAUCUCCUCUGUUCCUGAAGUGAGACAGAGUCUUGCGGAGGAAGGAAUCGUUAGAGUGAUGAUUGACAUUCUCAACUGCGGAAUCUUGCUGGGAUCUAAAGAAUACGCAGCUGAGUGUCUUCAGAAUCUCACUUCGAGCAAUGAAACUCUUCGGAAAUCGGUUAUAUCGGAGAACGGGAUUGAGACUCUGCUCGCUUACUUAGACGGACCUCUUCCGCAAGAAUCAGGAGUUGCAGCGAUUCGGAAUCUCGUUGGCUCUGUUUCUAACGAGACUCACUUCAAGAUCAUCCCGAGUUUAGUCCACGUGCUUAGAUCAGGGUCUAUCGGAGCUCAACAAGCGGCUGCGUCGACGAUUUGUAGGAUUGCUACGUCGAACGAGACGAAGAGGAUGAUCGGUGAAUCGGGUUGUAUACCUUUGUUGAUAAGAAUGUUGGAAGCGAAAGCGAGUGGAGCUAGAGAGGUCGCAGCUCAGGCUGUAGCGAGUCUUGUUACGGUGCCGAGGAACUGCAGAGAGGUGAAGAGAGAUGAGAAGAGUGUGACGAGUCUUGUCAUGUUGCUUGAGCCGAGUCCGGGUAACUCGGCCAAGAAGUAUGCGGUUUCGGGUUUGGCGGCGUUGUGUUCGAGCAGGAAGUGUAAGAAGCUGAUGGUUUCGUAUGGAGCUGUUGGUUAUCUCAAGAAGUUGUCGGAACUGGAUGUUCCUGGUUCUAAGAAGCUUCUUGAGAGGAUUGAGAAAGGGAAAUUGAGAAGCUUCUUUAGUAGGAAGUAG